AUGCCCUCCCCUUUCACCUGGCUCCGGCGGAUUUAUUCGCUGGAUACCCUUGACACUCGCUUUACCUCUACUGCAAUCACACCCAAUACCGACACGCGAUCUCCCGCCCAAAAUGCCCGCGCCAAUGCAAUCGCCCAGGGCGCGUCGCCAUCGCUCUGGCGCACGCCAGAAUUUUUUGUUUACUAUAUUUUCUUCAUUGUCUGUGUGCCAUUGAUGUUUAAAACCGUCAUCGAUGCUUCAGAUGAAUCCCACCCACUUUACCCCAAAUACUCAAACCUUCUAUCACCCGGUUGGAUUCCCGGACGUCUGGUCGAUAACUCCGACACCCAAUAUGCGAGCUUCCGCGACAAUAUUCCCGCUCUUCUUCUACUCCUGAUCGCCCAUCCUCUUGUCCGCCGUGUCUACCAGUCGUAUGCAAACCGCUCUAAUACCGGAACGAAACCCUCGAGCCAUACCGGUAUUGCUGCGAGUGAGGCACAACUCGAACAACGAAUGCAGUUCGACUUUUGGUUUGGACUGGUGUUUGUCACAAUCCUACACGGAGUGUCCGCCCUUAAGGUGCUCUCAAUUCUGUAUAUCAACUUCCGCAUUUGCAAGGAUGUUCCUCGUUCCUACGUGCCUUCCGCCACGUGGGGCUUCAACCUUUUCAUUUUGUUCGCCAAUGAGUUAUUUGGCGGAUACCCCCUCGAACGGAUAGUGAAGUUGUUUGUGCCAGGCUCUGGCGCAACGGGCGAAGGAACCAGCAAUUUGAUUCAAUGGGCACAGGCCGUGGAUGACCUUGGAGGACUGAUGCCACGAUGGGAAGUCCUCUUCAAAGUUACUGUGCUGCGUCUGAUCAGCUUCAACAUGGAUCACCACUGGAGCGUAGACUACCCCGCGGCAAGCGCAAUUGAAAAGAAGCAACUAGACCCUGCGUCCCUCUCUGACCGUGACCGCGUCAAGAUUCCCGCAGAGCCCAAAGCGUUCAGCCUACGCAAUUACAUCGCCUAUGUUCUGUACUCACCGUUGUACUUGGCCGGUCCAAUCUUAACGUUCAACGACUAUGUAUCCCAGCAGCGAUAUACCGCCGCGUCAGUCAGUCGUGCCCGCACCGUGAUGUAUGGCAUCCGUUUCGGCCUCACCCUCCUAUGCAUGGAGCUUGUCCUCCACUACAUAUACGCAGUAGCAAUCUCCAAAGCCAACCCAGACUGGUCUCUAUUUACCCCAGGCCAAUUGAGCAUGCUGGCUUUCUUCAACUUGCACAUCAUUUGGUUGAAACUCCUGAUUCCAUGGCGCUUCUUCCGUCUCUGGGCUCUCGUGGAUGGCAUUGAUCCGCCAGAAAAUAUGGUGCGCUGCAUGUCCAACAACUACUCGGCAUUCGCUUUCUGGCGCGGCUGGCACCGUUCUUACAACCGCUGGAUCGUGCGCUACAUUUACAUCCCACUGGGCGGAGGUGGCGAUGGUCGGCGGCCACCUGGAGGGUCCAAAGCAGCCUCACCACCGAAGUCUAAUUUCAUGGGUAAGUUCUUGCAAAUUCGAAACUUCCUUUUGGUCUUCACCUUUGUCGCCCUAUGGCACGAUAUCAACCUUCAGCUCCUUAUGUGGGGUUGGCUCGUCACUCUCUUCGUUCUACCAGAAAUUGUGGGUACUCUUCUCUUCCCUGCCAACCGCUGGCGCUCUCGCCCGGGUACAUAUCGUGUUAUCUGUGGCAUUGGCGCCAUAGGAAACGUCCUGAUGAUGAUUAUCGCAAACUUGGUUGGGUUUGCCCUGGGCCUGGACGGAUUGAAAGAUCUUCUUUCUAGUCUCACAGGCUCUUACUCGGGCCUGGCAUACAUGGUUUCCUGUUGUGUGAUACUUUUCGUCGGCGUUCAGGUUAUGUUUGAAGUUCGCGAGGAUGAACUCCGGGCGGGCAUCAACCUGAAGUGCUGA